GCCCUCCUGGGCAACGGCCUCAUCAUCAGCGCCGUAGCCUGCGGCCACCACCUGCACACGCCCAUGUUCUUCUUCUUGCUCAACCUCUCUGUUCUUGACAUGGCCUUCCUAAGCACCACUGUCCCCAAGGCCAUGCACAAUUCCCUCUGGGACACCAGGACCAUCUCCUACACUGGAUGUGCUGCACAGGUUUUUCUGAUUUUCUUCUUCUCUGGAUCAGAGCUUGCCCUUCUCACAGUCAUGUCGUAUGAUCGCUACGUGUCCAUCUGCAAACCCCUGCACUACGGGACCCUCCUGGGCAGCAGAGCUUGUGCCCACAUGGCAGCAGCUGCCUGGGCCAGUGGCUUUCUCUACGCUGUCAUGCACACAGUCAAUACAUUUUCCCUGCCCCUGUGCCAUGGCAAUGCCUUAGGCCAGUUCUUCUGUGAAAUUCCUCAGAUCCUCAAGCUCUCCUGCUCCAAUUCCUACCUCAGGGAACUUGGGCUUCUCAUAGUUUGUACUUUUUUGUUAGUUGGUUGUUUUGUGUUCAUUGUUUUCUCCUAUGUGCAGAUUUUCAGGGCUGUACUGAGGAUCCCCUCUGAGCAGGGACGCUACAAAGCCUUUUCCACCUGUCUCCCUCACCUGGCCGUGCUCUUCCUGUUUAUCAGCACUGCAGUAUUUGCCUACCUGAAGCCCCCCUCCAUGUCCUCCCCAUCCCUGGAUCUGGCCCUGUCAGUUUUGUACUCGGUGGUGACUCCUGCCCUGAACCCCCUCAUCUACAGCCUGAGGAACCAGGAGCUCAAGGAUGCCCUGAGGACAAAGAUGACUGGGUACUUUUCAGAAGCAAAGAAGUGA